AUGGCUCCAAAGAAGUCGAAGUCAAAGGCAAAAUCAAAAUUGGCCAAGAUAACUAUAAAUGCUUCUGUUUGGAUUUCAAGUGAGGGGGUUAAAGAACAAGUUGAGAAAUUUCAAGCUGUUCUUCAAGAAGAACAAUGGAAAAGCGGUGAGCACUGCUACACUCUGUUCCCCCUAUCAGUCACUCAGAACACAAACAUGAUAAUGUUCUGCCCGAGAUAUUUCCACGCCAUGCUAGCGAGUUUGAAGGCCCUAGAUACUAGCAUGGUUAGAGCCCUUCAUCUUUAUAGGCUUUCGGACCUAGACUGGAGUGCGUGGUAA